GCAGCAGCAGCAGCAGCAGCACAGGAGGGAAAGAGAGAAAGACAGAGAGAGGGAGAGUUGGAGGGAGGGUAGUAGUCUCAGGCACAGGAACAAAAGCUGCAGAGGACUGCUUUCCAUCUCCACCAAAAGAACAACGGAGGAGUAAUAGGAGGAGGAGGGGGUGGUCAUGAUAAUAGUGAGACAAUAACGGAAGAGAAGAGGCACAUUGUAGUCAGUGAGGACUGAAACCAAGGCUCUUCUCUUCUCUGCUCUCCAUGUUUUUGGGGACUCAACGUGCCAUUGCCUUCGUCUCCAAACCCAGAGGAGGAUGUCUGUGUCAGGGAAGAAGGAAUUUGACGUGAAGCAGAUCCUCAGGCUCCGCUGGCGCUGGUUCAGCCAUUCAUCCCAAGGUUCGGCCGGCGGUGGAGGCGGCGGUGGCGGCGGCGGGGUGGGAGGCUACAUCCAGCAGGAUGGCAUGGACCACAGAGGGACGCCUGUCCAGGGCCGGCUCAAGAGCCACUCAAGGGAAAGAGGCGUCGGAGGACUACGGAAGACUAACAGCCCGGUCCACAGCAUCUUGGCACCGACGCCGGGGCCCACACCUGUGUAUGUCAGAGCGGGUCAACAAUCAUGGCAACAUCAGCAGAACACCAUCCAGGGUCUCCAGGUCAACGAGGAAUCCUCAAAGAGCAGCUCCUCACCCAGCACCACGAGGAAAGAGGACGCCAUCACCGGCCAGGAAGAUGUGAAGAACAGCACGGAGGAACCUGCAGAGGUGGAGGCCAGAGACAGGUUGGUUCUGAGCACCUUCUCCAGAAUGAACACCAACUCCUCCGACGAGUUCUUCCAGGCCACAAAUCAUGCAGAACAGACCUUCCGUAAGAUGGAGACCUACCUCCAGCACAAGCAGCUGUGCGAUGUCCUGUUGAUAGCCGGGGAUCACAAGAUACCAGCUCACAGACUGGUCCUGAGUGCCGUGUCGGACUACUUUGCUGCUAUGUUCACCAGCGACGUGCGAGAGGCGAAGCAGGAGGAGAUCAAGAUGGAGGGAGUCGACCCGGAGGCCCUCAGAUCCCUGGUUCAUUUCGCCUACACCGGCGUCCUUGAGCUGAAAGAGGAGACCAUUGAGAGUUUAUUGGCGGCAGCUUGCCUCCUCCAGCUUUCACAAGUCAUCCAGGUCUGCUGUAACUUCCUGAUGAAACAGCUCCAUCCCUCCAACUGCCUGGGAAUACGCUCCUUCGCAGAUGCCCAGGGCUGCGUGGACCUGCUCAACGUGGCUCAUAACUACACCAUGGAACACUUUCUGGAGGUCAUUCAGAACCAGGAGUUCCUGCUGCUCCCCACGGCGGAGAUUGUUAAGCUGCUCUCCAGCGAUGACAUCAACGUCCCCGAUGAGGAAACCAUCUUCCAGGCUUUGAUGAUGUGGGUGCGGUACGACGUCCAGCAUCGACAACAGGACCUCGGGGUGCUUCUGGCCUUCAUCCGCCUGCCUCUGCUUCCUCCACAGCUCCUUGCAGAUCUGGAAAACAACAAGAUGUUCUCCGAUGAUCUGGAGUGCCAAAAGCUGCUAAUGGAGGCCAUGAAGUACCAUCUUCUGCCAGAGAGACGUCCCAUGUUUCAGAGCCCAAGAACCAAACCUAGAAAGUCGACCGUGGGGGCGCUUUAUGCUGUAGGAGGGAUGGAUGCCACCAAAGGCUCCACCACCAUAGAGAAGUACGACCUGCGGACCAACACUUGGGUCCAGGUUGGAAUCAUGAACGGACGCCGGCUGCAGUUUGGUGUCGCGGUGAUAGACAACAAGCUGUAUGUGGUCGGAGGCAGAGAUGGACUCAAGACGUCCAACAUGGUGGAGUGUUACAAUCCUAUCAAUAAAGUGUGGUCCACCAUGCCCCCCAUGUCAACACACAGACACGGACUCGGUAUCGCUGUGUUGGAGGGCCCCAUGUAUGCUGUGGGAGGCCACGACGGCUGGAGCUACCUCAACACAGUGGAACGCUGGGACCCUCAGGCCAGGCAGUGGAACUACGUGGCCAGCAUGUCAACACCGCGGAGCACCAUGGGAGUAACAGCACUGAAUGGAAAAUUGUUUGCAGUGGGUGGUCGAGACGGCAGCUCGUGCCUGAGGUCGAUGGAGUGCUUCGAUCCGCACACCAACAAGUGGAGCAUGUGUGCUCCCAUGGCCAAAAGGCGAGGAGGUGUGGGUGUGGCGACGUACAACAACUUCCUGUAUGCUGUAGGUGGACACGACGCCCCCGCAUCCAACCACUGUUCUAGACUCUCCGAUUGUGUUGAAAGGUAUGAUCCAAAGACGGACACGUGGACCACUGUGUCCUCACUCAGUGUCCCCCGGGACGCAGUGGGUGUUUGCCUGCUGGGAGACAGGCUGUAUGCUGUGGGUGGAUACGAUGGCCAGACGUAUCUGAACACCGUUGAGUCCUAUGACGCACAGAACAACGAGUGGACUGAGGAGGUCCCUCUCAACAUUGGCAGGGCAGGCGCCUGCGUGGUGGUGGUGAAAUUGCCUUGAGCGUUUUGUCUCACGACAGCAUGGGAAACAAAUGAGAGAGCGGCGAAGAGGAGUGGACAAACAAAACAACGGAUCAAGGACACAUCCUUCGAGAGUCGUGGUUUUUUUUUUUUGUUGUUUCGGGGUUUUUUUCAUCUUCUUUAACUUGGCUGUCCACAUUUUUCAGAGGGGAACACAGACAGAGCCUUGCCCAUAAACCAUUGUUUCUAUCAUUAGUGGACAUGCCUGCCCACUGGGGAGGACUUAUUCAGAAACUGGAAUGCACUGCACAUUCUCCACAUUCUCAAACGAUCAAGAAUUUCCAUAGACUUGGCUAAGCUGUAGCAAGUGCCAAGGCUUUGUUGUACUGCUUUGUUAUACUAGUUUUCUGAAACGUUCUGUGUAUGUUCGUAAGAUUAAAUGUAAAAGUUACAUUUUGAGAAAAAGAAGCCUGCAGGUUAGUUUACAUCUAUACAGAGACUUUUCUUAUCGGUGCCAUCACAUGAAACAGUAUAUUUUGGGGUUUAUAUUUCACUUUAUAGCCACUUCAAAUGAAAGUUGUUAUGAUAUAUAAAUGUCACCACGUACCUGUGUCUUUCCUCAGUGGGUGGUCUGAACAGAUUCUUUCUCUUUUGCGGAGGAGACCACUGUGAACGCUGAGGGCGACGAGUUCGUCCAGGCUGGUUUGAAAAAACAGGAAUGAAAUUUUACUGAAUAAUAUAUUUGGAUUUUUUUUUUAUUAUUAUUAUUAUUGAGCCUGUAGCUACAGAACACCAAAGUCAUUUGCUUGUCUUAGAAGUCUUGUUUCGCAUUAAAUAAAAGUUUACAAAAUUGUGAAUUACAGAAAAUAUAUCAUAUUGAUAUUUCACAUUGCUGUACAGAUUUUUUUGUGAACUUUCUGAAACUGCAUUUGUGUUGAUAGUGCAGCACCAGUGCAGCCUGGUGACGACAGUUAUUAUUCUUUUAUCUUUAUUUCUGGGCAUGCUGGCUGAGCGAAUGUUUAAUUUGAUUUAUGCAAUAUUAUAUAUCGAGAUCACUCUGUAUUUUUAAGGACAUGAUGCCUUUUGGAUGUUAUCAUUUACAACACAACCAGUGGGUUAAAGGAACACUUCACCCACAAAAUAACCAUUUAUAUAUCAGUCAGUCACGCCGUGUUACCUCGAGUUUGUAAAAACUUUGUUUUCUCGAAGUGCUCCACAGAAAACAUUGAACAUAUUGUUGCAUUGAUUGAUUGGGGACCGUGUUUAACAACAGCAAACUAUAUCAAAACAUCCAUUUGCAAACUCUUGCACACCUCGUGCAGUAUAAUCCCAGUCUCAUUUAGCCAGUCGUAUGCUCAGUACUUCCCAAACACAUGCACUUUCACUCAAACGUUAGUAUAUAAAACCAAAGUGAAAGAGAAACUUACCUAUGCUCUCUUCCAGUGUUAAUUUUGACAGAUAUUUUAGUCUUGAGACGAAAAUGUUUAUUAGUUUAGUCACUUUUUAGUUAUUUUUAUCCUUCAUAGUUUGAGUCGAUGAAAAUUCAUGACAUUGUAGGUAGUCAUUGUAGUUGUAUAAUAACUUCAUUUAGACCAUUUUUUUCUGCAACUACAAAUAAUUUCCGCACACUUCCGAAACUGUCGUUUCUCCAGCAGUGUUUGACAGUUUUAAUGGGUGAUUUACGAGCACACGCUCACUGGUCAUCAUUUGAAAAGCUCAACACCUCUCUAUUUAUGCUCUCAAAAACUUUGACAGCACAAAUAACUAAUCUGAGACAACUGGGAUUUGUACCCAGGUUCAUUUUAAAGUCUGUCUUUAAUCUCAUUGUUAAGAAGCAGAAAAAUAAUCCAAUUAAAGCCUGAAUUCUUUCUUAAUCUGCAACAUGUUAGGUUUAAACUUGUGUCCUCUCAGAGCCGGUGAUUAAAACUAAACUUAAAUCUCUGUCAGAGAAAACUGAUCUGAGUUCAGACUUUGUACUUACAGCACAGAUAACCGAGCCUCAUACCUGCCUUUCAAACAGCAUCAACCCAUAAACCUUCUGGAGAAAGUCCAGGUUUGAUCUGAGUCCUGUUGGCAUCAACAGAUGUGAAGUCCAGCGGCUGGUGGCUGCUUGCUCCGCUGCCAUUCAGCGACUAAAAAGCGGAGCUAACUGCUAACAGCCACCACUGCAACUAACAAACGCCACAAAUCCAUUCAGCAGCUCCUCCAUUCAUAGUCAGACACACACAGCUGAUUAUUUACUGCUGACAACUCACAACUCACACCAACGGCUGAUGCUGCUCCAGUCUGAGUGUUUUUUUGCGCAGACUAUUUGCUUCAUGCAGCAUUUUUAAGACAAUUGCUAGCACGGCCGUUCUCAGCUUUUUAGUGUCCGAUAGUCCACCACAAACAUUUUCGUCUCGUCUCAACGAAAAAUGAAGCACAGAUUUCGUCUAAGUUUUUAUUAUCAAGAUCUAUUUUAAGCUUGUCAUCGUCUCAUUUUCAUCUUAGAAAAAAGGUUGUUGACGAAAACUUUUCGUAAUUGUUUUCGUCAACGAAAUUAACACUGCGCUCUUCAAAGCCAGACUGUCAUUAAGAAUUUUGUAGUGAACGUGCAUGUGUUUGGAAGGUUCUGAGCUUUCGACUAGAUAAAAUAGACUUGCAUUAUACUGCAGGAGUUGUGUGAGAGUUUGCAAACUGAUGUUUUGAUGUAGUGUUGCUGCUGUUAAGGAUGGUCAAUAUGUUCGCCAUUUUCUGUGGAGGCGUGCAAGAAAACUGUUUUCUUAAAGAAUUCAAGGGUACACAGCAUGACUGACAAACAUUUACAAAUGUUCAUAUGAGGGUGAGGUCGUCCUUUAACCUAGAAUAAAUGGCAGACUAUGGCUACGAGGCACUGGGUGCACCCAAACCAGCUAUUUGAGUCUAAUGCGCAGCACUCAGAAACCUGAUAUCCACAGCACUUCACUAAUGUGACUUUGAUCUGAAAUUUUUAGAUUCAUAGUUGGUUGUUCUGCUCAUAAGAGUUCACACAUUACUAACUUUAUCACAACGGGAACAAUUUGUAACUGUAAUUAUGACACGUUUUUGGGGCCAAAUGUUAGUUUUUAUCAUAAUUUUGUACAGCAUGCAAACCUAUAAAUAAAACAACAUCAGUCUUC